UCCCCACUCUCUCUCUCUCAAACACCAAACUUCGUUCACACUCUGUUUUUAAACCCCAACUCUCUUUCACAUUUUCACAUCCAAUUCGAACCAAUCGCAGAGACAAUACAUAUAAUUUGUUUAUAGAGCAUUUAAUCGAACCCAAAAGGCCUCAAAUUUGGAAAAAAAAUCAUUGGAUUUGCGUAGCAAUGUCAGUGGCUACUGAGCUCCGGUCACCAGUGAAACUGAGUUCCGAGACCAGAACUGUACUCGGCGUGGCCGGGAACAGAGUUAGGGUUUUGGAAGAGUCGCGAAGGAAGAAAGAGGUGGUGAAGAAGGCGCAGAAGCCGAGUAGUAGGUUGGUCUCGGAGACUCCGCAGUCGGUUGUUCGGAGCAAUGUGUCUGUGGACAGUGCGUGCUCGUCGGACUCGUCUUCGAGCGGUUCUUUUGUGAAGAAAGUGAGUUCUAAGCGGAGAGUGAGAUGUAAUGGUUUGAAGCCUAUGAAGGUUGUUCCGGACUUGGUCGAAGUUGUGACGCUGUCGUCGGUUGUGUCUGGUCCGGUGAAGCGGUGCGACUGGAUAACACCAAAUUCUGACCCGCUUUAUACUUCUUUCCACGACGAAGAAUGGGGAGUUCCGGUAUAUGAUGAUAGGAAGCUAUUUGAGCUACUUGUUUUAUCUCAAGCAUUGGCAGAAUUCACCUGGCCAGCGAUUCUCAAGAAGAGAGAGAUAUUCAGGAAGCUAUUUGACAAUUUCGACCCAUCAUUGAUUGCGAAGUUUGACGAGAAGAAGAUGCUGUCACUGAAAGCAAAUUGCAGCACAUUGCUGUCUGAACCAAAGCUCCGUGCAGUAGUGGAGAAUGCUAACCAGGUGCUUAAGGUUCAGCAGGAAUUUGGCUCCUUCAGCAGCUACUGCUGGGGAUUUGUAAACAACAAGCCACUAAGAAAUGGCUUCCGCUAUGCACGUCAAGUUCCUGCUCGGACACCAAAAGCAGAACUCAUAAGCAAGGAUCUGAUGCAGAGAGGCUUCCGUUGCGUGGGACCUAUUAUCGUUUAUUCAUUCAUGCAGGUAGCAGGGUUGGUUAAUGAUCAUCUUGUUACAUGCUUCAGAUACCAAGAAUGCAAUAGCACUGUCAAGCCGGAGGCGAAAGAGGUACCAACUACAGCUGUGGAGAAUGCUAUCCUUUCUGAUGCCUGAAUCGCCAUGCAAUAUAUGAGACCUCACUAAUCAUAGGAAUCAAAUAGUGAAAAGAUACUACUAGCAUGAGAUGUGAAAAGCUGAGAUAGAUUAUAGAUGGUGUUUGUUCUAGCUGUUUACUUAGCAUACUUUCUACAUUUGUCUGUUCAUCCACAAGACCUAUCUUUACUCUUUUGAUUCCGCAUAGUGCAUGCAUGUUUUGCUUCUCUUCGAUGUUGGAAGCCCGCGGGCAUAGCGCAGUUGGAUGAUAGGACGGACCUUCAGUAUGUUUUGUUUGUCUUCGAUGUUGGAAGGCCCUACGGGUAUAAUGCAGUUGGAUGGUAGGACAGACCUUUGGUAAUAAUUUGGACGGACUCACCUGUGUCAUGGGGUUGGUACGGGUGGGGGUACUCCAAUUAGAUUUUAUUUUUUUAUUUUUAAAAUAAUGAUGGAAGAACAGAUGCUAAUCAAGUUCCUAGAGAUUUCUCAUUACAGGUCUCAGCCUAUGUAAAUCUUUUUGUACUCAAGACUGAACUUUCUUUAACUGUAAUAAAAUUCUCACUGUCACAAAAAAAAAAAAAAAUACAAUAUUUUUUUUCUUGUUAACGAAGUUUUGACUUGCCUA